GAGCUGCCGAAAAAAGUACGUUUAUUUUAGUCGAAAGACUUUUCCCGUGUGUUAUAUGUGUAUUAAGUUUUCAUUGUCGAAUUUUCGUGUGUUAUUUUCUCACAACGUAUUCACAACAUAAUAGACGAUAAAAAAACACUCAAAAAGAAGGAAUGAGUCUGUAUAGAGGAAACGAAUCUACGUUUACUUUGAUUUAAAGUGAUUCUUUUCCGUGCAUUAAUUCGGUUUUUUUUUUCUACAUUCGACGGAUUUUUGUUAAAUUUAUUUGAUCAAAUGUCAAAUACCACCACACACAACGACUCAUUUUAGAACAAUUGACUCAUACGUUAAAUUAAAGCAAAUACAUUUUAAGCGAAAAAAACAAAGAAGAAAUACUUGUUAUACUAAACUGUGUAUUUACAUGUAAAGUUCCUUGUUCAUAUCGUUUGCAUGAGAGUUUUUUCUCUUUCAAAUUUUGCAUUUACUUUUAAAAGCAAAACGUGAGUACAACUGUAGCAACGAAUUCAAAGCCUGUGUUGAAUAUAUCAAGUGAAGAAGAAAUAAACAAAAAGCAGAAAGGAAAAAAAAAACAAUAUAAAAGAAACGACGAAAUCUUCGAUAUUAUCGCUAUACUCUCACAGUGUACGUGUGUAGCGUAAGUGAACGUUGCUCUGGCCAAGUGUAUCGCAGUUUGUUUGUGAUUGUGCUUGUUCACGAUCCUAUGGAUAUUCAGUGAUACAGCAAAAGAAGAAGACAACGAAAGCGAAGAACAUUUAGUCGACAUUACAUAUAUAGUAGUUUUUUAUUUAAUUCUUCUUCUUUCAUUGACUUUUAUGUAUAUACAGUCGAAACAAAAACACGUAUAAUAGUACAACAAACAAAAUGUGGUUUGCGCAUGAAUUUCAAAAAUUUUAACGGUCGUGCGAAAUGAGUGGAACCGAUUAUGCGAAUAGUCAUAGUACAGGUGUUGUUACAUUUGAAAAUGGAUUGGUGGGAACAAUGAAGCAAUCAGUAAAAAUUAUUGAAGACCAAUACGAACUCGAAGAGAAAGAAAACCAUAACGAACUAGUUACCAAUCAUAAAUUAAUCAAAGAAGUUAACAUUGUAUCACCAACAAAAUCAAAAAUCAUGGCAAAUCAAAUGUGUGCCACAAAAACCGAAACGAUUUCGGACGAGCGAAUUUGUUUGGUUGGUUCAGUGGCUGAUGAUGAGAAUAUUUUAUCAGCAGCACGUUCAUUUAAUGUUCCUGUAAUUACAUCGAAAACGGGAAUUGAAUUUAUCGAUGAAAAACAAUGGACAACAUAUUAUGUGAUGAGUGAGUUUGAUGGAGAACAUUUCAAUGCUAUUCGUAAAAGUAAACAUCGAAUUUAUGGACCAACAGCAUUGCAGCAGAUCGCACAAUCUGGCAAAGGUCUUGUCUAUGUUAAUCGACCGUUAUACAAUUUUUCCAUGAAGGGUGUAAUUACUUGCUUCACUGGCAUUCGCAAGAAAGACGAACUAACGCGUUUCGUUACUCUUAUUCACACAAUGGGAGGUUCGAUACGUAAAGACAUAAAGAAUAAUAGUCAUUGCACGCACCUGAUUUGUAGUGCAAGUGUUGGUGAAAAGUAUCAUUAUGCGAAAACAUUCAAUUUAACGGUUGUGCGACCAAGCUGGAUCGAAGCAGCGUGGGAACGACGAAAUGAUCCAAAUUUUUUUGCCAACGAAAGUGAAUUCUGCGAAACAUAUAAACUUAAAUCAUUCGAAGGGUUACGCAUUUGUUUCUACGGUUUUUCACCGGAAGAACAUCAAGAAAUGGUUGACAUUUUAAAAAUGAAUGGUGGUAUACCAACCGAUAUAGAUGAUCCGGAUUGUACUCACUUAAUUUUAGCAAGUAAUAUUUCAAAUUUCCCUGAACUAUUAACGGGACCAACAUCACCGCCAAUAAUUGCACGACCACCAUUGCCAUCACAUUUUUGCAGUACAUCGACAUCGAAUACAGUUUGCACGGAAAAAAUGUUACCACCCGAUGGAUUGGAUCAAUUAAAUUUAAAUGAUAAAAUUGUUCAAAAUAAAUUGAGCACCAACCAACAAACCAUUAUUGAAACACCAAAAAAAAUAAACAAACACAACAAUAUCCGUAAUGAUGGUAUCGUUUUACCGGGUAAUGAAGAAAAUUUAUUUUCGGAUCAGGCCAAUUUAUCUCCAAUACUUCAUAACAUCGAAGAAGAAGAAGAAGAUAAUCCAAAUAACGAUGAUCCAAACGACAAAGAUUUAUCAAAACGUAAACGUGAUAGUUUCGAUAAUAUUUCCAUAAUUUCAACCGAAACAUUUGCAACACAGUUCAGUUCUGCAAAAAAACCAAAACUAAUUCGAACUGGUUCAAUAACACGGUCAUUGCGUCGAAGUAUGAGUUUUGCUGCGCUAAAAAAUCCGAUAACAAGUAUGAUUCGUGUACGACGAAACUCAAUCGAUCCAAAUGCAUCGAUAAAUUCUAUAACAUCCAUCGAAAGCACAUUUUCCGAUAUUAAGCGUCCCGUUAAGGAGAAAUUUCUACUAGGACUUAAGGAUCGUAUCACCAACAGCAGUCGCUCGAAACGAGAUUUCUGCUUAACACCACAAACUCCGAAGAAAUUCAACACGGCCGUUUUAGAUCGAGUGGAAAAUGAUGACGGUAAAUUUGCGAUACCAAAUGAGAUUAGUAAAAUGUCGUGUCGCAAAUUAGUUAACAGCACUAUGAAUGCCGCGGCAAUAGUUAAAACAUCAGAAACUGAGAAUACUGAAAAUUUUACAAAUGCUUUGGAUGAUAGAACAAACACUACCGGACAAUCGAAUGCUUGUUCUAUGCAGAUAACCGGGACUGAUGUUGCCGACAAUACGAAUGUAUCUCGUCCACAGCCAAUUUCACUAAUAUCGUCCGAUAAUCAACAUAUUGAACUACAGAAAAACAUCGUUCCCCACAUAGUUAAAUCCGACUGGUUUUGGUAUACUAUACAAAAAGGCAUUGCCAGCGAAGAUGAACAUAAAUUCAAUGAAGAAUACUUUGAAAGUUUGGCAACACCAGGCCGACGUGAAUCGUUGCCACCUGGUAAAAAACAUCUGAAACGGAAGCGCUUUUCUAUACUUGGAGCUUCUUCUAUAAAGCGACGAUCAUCAAUUUCUGAAGGAUUAUCAGUGUCGGGAAGCUUCUUAGAUUGCACAAAUAGCCCCAGCAUUAAGCAUGAUUCCAAAGAUUUUGAUUGCAGUAUGGAUAAUACGCCGAAAACAAAAAAGCAAAAAUCGAUGCGACUUAAUCACUUUAUGGAUUUGUAUUCGACUGAAAAUAAUUACGUUGGUAUUUUGCACACAAUCGUUUCGGAAUUUCAAAAACCACUGGAAAACAUGGUGGAUACCGACGAAGAGCUACUUAACAAAUCAGAACUUCGAGCGAUUUUCAAUAAUUUCUCACCAAUAUACGAGGUGCAUUUGCAUAUGUUGAAUGAUUUCAAAGAGCUACAGUCGUGCUGGACCGACACAUGUCUCAUUGGAAAAAUAAUACUCGAUCAUCGCGAAAGAUUACUCAAAGCAUAUCCGCCCUAUGUAAAUUUCUUUGAACAGAUGAAAGACACCCUUCAACAAUGUAUUGCACAAAAUCCAAAAUUUCAUGCAUUCUUAAAAAUUAACCAAUCAAAACCAGAGUGUGGCCGUCAAACAUUACAAGAUCUUAUGAUUCGACCCGUUCAACGACUUCCAAGCAUGAGUUUACUUAUCAACGAUAUACUAAAACAUACACCAAAAUCCAAUCCAGAUUUUAAAGUUUUAGAAGAAGCAUUGAAUGCCAUCAAAGAUGUAAUGAAGUAUAUCAACGAAGAUAAACGGAAAACAGAGGGUCGUGUUGCAUUAUUUGAUAUAUUCAAUGAAAUUGAUAAUUGUCCGGCUGAUCUAGUAUCUUCACAUCGAAGCUAUAUAUCUCGGUGCGAAGUUUCCGAGUUGUCAAAUUGCUUAAGCGGUCGUGAUGAUCCACUGAUGAUAUUUUUGUUUACCGAUUACAUUGAGAUUUGUAAGAUUCGUAAAUCGCGUGGCAUAAACAGUAUUAAAUCACCAACGGGAACAAUCAAUGCGCUGAAUACAACAACACGCUCCCAUACGCAUGGCAAGAGCUAUAAACAUAUUCGCCUGAUACCGCUUAGUGCAAUUCCAUAUGUAUAUGAUAUGAAAGAUAGCGAACGAGCUUUCGCCAUUAAUGUUAAAGAUAAAAUUUACUGUUUCAAUAUCAACGAGGAAUGCGAUAAAAUCGUCUAUUUGAAAAACUUUUGUAGGCAAUUAGCGGAGAAUGCAUGCCGUGCCGAUUAUGAGCAAUUUUUGCGCAAUUGUGAAUCACAAGAAUUGGGCAUUGAUAUCAGUGAUAUCAAUUUUGGCACACUCAAGAAAGUAUACAAUUAUGCUCGGUCACGUCUAGUCAAUCGAGCAUUUUCUUUUACAAAAACCACACCGCUACGAUUGAAGCGAGCAGUUUCGACGACAUCACCAUUAUACGCAAGCACAAAUUCAUUGAUGUAAUCGAUAUAUUGACAUACACAUACACAUAUUUAGUUGGUUUAGUCAAUUUAAAGCCAAGCAUUCCAACAAUAUCAUUAUACUAUAUUGUUUUUUCUUUGAUUUUUUUCGAUUUGCGAUCGCACAAAAUAAGAUAUCUAAGUCAAACAUUACUUGAAAUUACUUGCGUAAAUUUUUUGUUUUGCUACUUUACGAUGAUAUUCAUGUAUUUCAAGGCUGAAAAGCAUAAAUAAAAAUGUUAUAUAUUUUUUUCUUCUUCUUCUGAUACUUAUUAUGUAAGACAAUAAGCGAUUUUGAUACCGUUUUGAACUAAAAAUAAAAUUUCUAAAUUUCGUGUCUAUUUUCAAAGCACAAAAGAAUUUUGAAUAUCACACAUUUUAUGUCUAUGUGCAAAGUCGCUUAUAUUAUUUAUAAAGGUAUCGGAGUAAAAAUGUCAAACUAGAGAAAAACAAACUUAAAAUAACAGAAUAUGAUUGAAAAAAAUAUGAAAUAGAUGCGAACAUAUUCUAUUUGGCAUUAAAAAUGUAUUGUAUAAGAGAAUGAUGUGAGCAUUUCUGAAAUUAUUUUUGUUCGCAUUUAAAAAGCUUUUCCAAUCGAAAAUCAAUGUGCGAAUGACGCAAAUAUUUCUUGCAAUGAAAUGAACCAACUUAAUAUUCUUUCUAUGCACUAUAGUUAGUCUACUGUAAAACAUUCGAAUAUAUAUAUAACACUAUCACUUCGGUGUGCAUUUGAUUUACACGAAGUAAAUAUGAUUGAAACAGGAAAUUAAAAUAUUACUAUAUAUUUUAUUCAUUUUAGCAUUGUUGUCUUGCAAAUAAAAGUGAGAUAAAUAAAAUUAUUUUAUAUGUAUAUUA